AUGGCUGAUUCUGAUGUUGGGACUGUAGUGGGCCUUCCUGAAGAUCCCAUGCAACGAGAGGUUAUGGUAGCCCAAGCGCAAGCUGCUGGGGCAGCUCCGAAUACCGAGCACCCGACGAUGAACGGAGUCGGUGCAACCCGGGCCAGGUCGGGAGUGACGAAUCUGCUGGCAGAAGAGAGUUCCACUUCGGCGACAGAGGAGACAGUUUCCUUUGCUGGACGAGAGGGAGCUCCGCCAACUGAAGGGGGUCCUGGUGGUACAGUGGUUCGAGAGACCGCAUCGCAGCAUAGUCAGGCGGGGCCCGAGAGGCUUGGAACGAACUAUGACUGUGGCGGAGCUGGACCCGCUGAACCGACCGCCAGGAGAGAGCAGGUCACCGCAACUGGCUACAGCACUCCAAGGUCUACAAGACUUCUGCAGAAUGGUGGGCAGCAUUGGGUGGCUGGAUUGGAAAUGCCGAGCUGGGUUACCCGGCUGGGAUCCUACCUGUCGCUGGGCCCGCAGAACGAGUUUUUUCCAAGUCCCCUUGGCGGAAGCCAGGGGUCCCAGAGGUCUUUGCCAGGAGGACCUACCUUUACUUUGCGACCCCCGAGCAGGCCACCUACUUCCCCGGAGACGCCAAGUUCCUCGAGCCUUCCUCAGGAGGCAAUUCAGGCUGAAGUUCAGCGGCAACUUGGACAGGUGUUGCAGAAACUUCAAGAGGCUGAGCGGAGGAAUGAGCGUUUGGAGCAAGAGCUGGCAGCUGAAAGGGGGCAAGCGAUGGCGAUGAAGGGGCUGUAUGGAAUUAGUCCCACAGAACCAAGUCGCCCUUCUGAUCAAGUCCCACUGAACCAAGUCGCCAACCGGAUCAAGUCCCACCAGGCCUUACAGGUGAUCUCCGGGGUGAGUGGAAUCCGAGGCCCUGUGGUGGAAAUGUUGGCAAAGGGAAUCAAGCAACUUCAGGAACUUCAAGCUCAAAAUCUGUCGAAGACAACCUCGACUACAGCAUCCCAGGAAGUGGUUAAGCCAGGGACAGUGGCACUGAGCCCACUACCCGAGUAUCGUGCCUCGGAUGGUGCAGGUUCCUCGGCGCUACAGCUGCAAGACUGGAUGGAAGUGGCCACGACGGUGUUAGCUGAUGUGAGUGAGAAUAGCGGCACUUGGUGGUCGGCAGUCAUGGAAUUGGUCAACGGGACCUAUGCCCGGUGGUUGGCAGCCACCCCUUUGGAGCGGUUGCAGAUCACGCCGGAAGGGGCCGAAGCUUUGUGCACAGGACGUUGGACCCGGGUCAAUGCCAGGACUGCUUCUAUGUUGUUGUCUGCAAUGGGUGAAGAGCUUCGUGGAGAGAUGAUAAGUCAAAGGAUUACCCAGAGCUCCCCGCGGAUGGUCUUCCGCCUCUUUGUGUUGUUCCAACCUGGAGGGAGUGCUGAAAGGACCUCGCUUCGCCUUGAUGCACAACCUUCACUGUCGCAGGUUCAGGACUACCAGAAACACUUGCAGGCUGAGUUGGAGACGAUACUGGCUUCAUCGGGUACCACCUCAACCGGCCUAGCGGCAACCUCCAGUCCUAAGGUCAGGGCCCUUGAUACGUCCGGAAGCCCCAAGAACAAGGAGAAGGAGAAGGGUGGAACCGAGAUGUGUCGCUACUUCAUUAAGCCUUCGGGAUGCCGCCGGGGAAGCAGAUGUACAUUCUCACACAACAUGGCCACCUUGGACAAGGAGACCCGUGCCCGGAAGUGCCUGCAAUGUGGGAGUGAAAGCCACCGCCAGAAGGACUGUCAGGUGAAUGUGAAGCCAGGUGCAAAGACCAAGCCUUCACCCACAUCCUCCACAUCAACUACGACAAGGUCGGCAGGAUCAGCGGGACAGGGUCAAGCAACCCCAACAGUGGCCGCCGUAGCGCCCACUGAGCCUAACGAGCCGGUGCAGGGAACGCCUUGGACAUUCGAGACCUUGAUGCAGGCGGCCCAGCAGGUGAUUCAAUCGCAAGGACAACCCGCCACUGGAGGACCAGAUGGUGGAAAGAGCCCGGAGAAGACUCCAAGCUCAAUGAAGGUCCUGGCGGUCAAGGAUAUCCGGGUAUGUUCCUUGCAGUCAUCGUCCUCGGCCUUAUUGGACUCGGGAGCCACUCAUUCGUUGAGAACCGCUGGAAGUUGGGAUGAGUGGCAGAAGGCAGAGGAGGUGGAGGUGCAGCUGGCAGGAAAUCAUGCUCUGAAGAUGAAGAUCACUACCCUUGAGGAGUGCAUCUUGGAGGACCCCAAUGGAGAGGUCAUUCACCUGAGUACCAACUCAGGAUGUCCCCAGCUGUGCGAGGCUGAAGCAUUGGCACUGAUCGCCCGCCUGGAAGAGCGAAAGCGAGAGCGCCUCGAGAAUGAGACCUUGGCUACAGAGGACAGAAUCGCGAAGGUGGCCUCCUACAUGGACCGGUCUUGGUUUGAGCACCUGCUGAACUACACAUCCACCAACAAUAAGGAGGCAGGACUUCGAGCUCUACGGGAUGUGCCAUUUCUGAGGGAAGUUCCGGGGGAAUGCAUAAAUGGGCUGAUACCUCCUGGAGAACCAAAGGGAGGAUGGGAGACCAUGAAGAAGGUGACUUACCUGACAAGGGCCCAGCGACGAACCUUGCUCACCGAUAAGAAGUGGAUAGUGCAUCUCUUCGCUGGGGAGGAGGGACACAUGGAGUUCUACAAGUUCCAUGAUGGCGACACGGUGGUCUUGGAGGUGGACAUCAGACAAAGUCGAGGACAUAACCUCCUGGGUGAUUCGCCAACAUGGGAGAUGCUUCUGUGGGGGGCCCGUAUGGGCAAGAUCGACAUGAUUUGUGGAGGACCACCGGGUCGUGAUGGGCUUGCGUUUUGUCCCAAGGAGCCGGACGCUACGACCCUCAAGCCUUUGUCUUUGAUCUCGAGAAUGCUCUGGCUGUAUGUGGUGGCGGCAACCGGAAGGAUGACUAUGGCUAAGGGGGCACUCCGUCAUAAGGAAGUUGGCUUCGUGAUUGAGCACCCCGGGCCUACUACUUCAUCGCCACCACAACCAAGGGACCAGCGCUCAUUCCUAUGGGAAACCAACAUGUGGAAGGAGUUUAAGGGCAAGACCGGCAUGUUUGAGGUCGCGUUUGAGCAAGGGGGAACCGGAGCAUCGUCGAGAAUGAGCACGGUGUUGGGAACCAACGUCCCCUACUUAAGAGGCUUGGAGGGCAUCAAGUCGGACGACAACCUGAAGGACCACCCAGAAGGUGCAGAUCGAAGCCGAUGGUCACCUGGGCUAGUGAGGGCAUUGACCAUUGCUUUCCAUAUGUGGUCACGGAGUCCAAGGGUGUAUGCCAUGAGUCCCGAAAGAUGGAAGGCCCAUGUAGAUGCAUCUCAUCUCCCGUACCAUAGGGACUGCUCGACAUGCGUCAUGGCAAGAGGGACUGGAAGGCGCCACGCUCGAGUCCAUCAUCCGGACAGCUAUGUCCUUACUUCAGACCUCUCGGGGCCGCUGAAGCCAGGACUAGAUGCAGCUGUUAAGGGAACGCCGGCUUGCAACAUCCGCUACCUGCUGGUUGCCAAGUACCUCUUUCCCAAGGAGUUCGUGCGUGCCUACACCAAAAGGGAACCACCGUCUGAGGAGGGUAUGGUCGAGCAAUCCCAACCUGAACCUGGAGAAGCAGGACUUCAACUUGAGGAAGAAGACGACCAGCUGCUCGCGGAUGAUGAGGCCGACUACGAACCUUCCAUCGAUGAUGAGGAUCACAAUGAAGAAGGUGGAGAGCAGUUGGUGGAUCUGAUUGAACCCUUAGACAACAAGGAUGGGGAAGCGAGCAAUGAGCGGGAGGAGGAAUUGGCAACUCAUGAUUCUGAAGGUGGAGGUCCUAAAGGGCAUGCAGCAAUGAGAGAGAUUGCCGUGAUGAUCGGGAUACCCAACAAUAAGACUGCUACGAUCAAGGGCGCUUUGCAGGACGUCAUCCUGUACCUGGGUGCCCAUGGCCUACCAGUCCUUCGAUUCCACUCCGACCGCGGUGAAUACUAUUCAGCAGCCUUCAAGUCCUGGUUGAGAGAGCAGGGAAUUCGAGGAACCUGGGCGGAACCCGGAAUUCCGCAAACCAAUGGUCAUGCCGAAGCCACCGUGAAGUGGAUUAAGAACAGGAUCCGAACUAUGUUGGUGGCUAGUGAACUACCUGUUCGUCUUUGGCCAGCAGCGGCUGAAACGGCAGCUGCCGAACAGCGACCUGCGGUGCUGGGUCGGAAAUCUUCACUCCUGGCUCCUUUCGGCACAACCGUACAUGUGAAAAAGAGACCGUACACCGCGCUUGGUCCGAGGAGGAGUGGAGAUACGUUCGAUCCUCGGUGGAUGAAGGGGAGAUAUGCUGGUUUGAGUGGAUUACUGGAUCGAGGCCACUUGGUCUAUCUUCCGGCAGAUGAGAACAAGGCUGAAGGUUUCUUCCACACUUUCCAUGUGAGGCCCAACCUGGUGGAUCCCGGCGGGCCAACUGCAACAUUGGAGGCAGAUGAGGUCGUGAAAUCGGCUACUCGUUUGUCCGAAAAAACCAAACUCGCCGAUGUGGUUCCUAGAGUUGCAGUACUGGAGAGGGUGAAGCCGGGAGCGAUCGAGGAGGAGGCUCAGCAGGUGUUGGAGAUCAAUGAGGAGGAUGAAGACAUGAAGUUUGUGGAAAGGUGGUUCAGGGACGGACCGUUACCCAACUUCAAGGCUGGAGCAUAUCGACAUGGAGGUGUGGUUGGGGUGAUGAAUACUACAUCACAAUAUCCUCAUCUAGUGCAAGUGCUCACCAGAAUCCUACAGCGCUCCAUGCCUGAGGCAACCUUCACAGCUGUACUGGUGUCCACCAACACUUUGAAGGAGUUUCAUCAGGAUGUUAAUAACGAUGCGACCACGAAGAACUUCCUGGUGCCAGUCGUGUGUCCGUCAAAAGGAGGAGGAGUAUGGGUUCAACUACAACCUGGAGACGUGGUUCAGGGAGAACUGAGUCAACGACCGAAUGCCAAGGGAGAACUGGUGUUUGGAAAUUUGCACCCGCUCGUAAAGGGGAAGUGCAUCUCUUUCUCCCCGAGGAGGUCCCAUGAGGUUAUGGAAUGGACUGGUGAUCGAGUUGUGAUCAUUGGAUAUACCCCCCACUGCCAUGGACAUAUGGACUACCCGAUGAUUAAGACGCUGGAGAGCCUAGGUUUUCAACCUCCUCUAUCACAACUACCAGAGUACUACAUCCCGACUCCCGAGAUUGCGAAGAUUGACCUCAAUCACCCCACUGAAGUCACAACCGAGAAGGAUGAUGAGCAGGUGGAACCAAUGGUGAACGCAAGUGAUUGGGAGAUGUUUCUGGAGGUUGAAGGUGGUGAAGCGAGCUUAGGAGGAGGUGGAGGCGAUCUGUUUGGAUCAACCGGCCCAACAAUCUGCAAGGCGGAGGUCGGCUACACACCCGACAUCGAGGAAUUGCUGGCUUCGUUGAAGGCACCGUUGGACGUGGUACAUAAUGUUGAUCCCCAAGAAGUUCUCCGUUCUCUGGAAAAAUGGCUGCCAGCAAUUCAAAAGGAAGUUAAAAGCGUGGAGCAUGCCAUCGAGAGAUUGAGGAGGGGGACAGCGGCACGUGCUGGUUGGCUGCAAAGGAAGGGGGUCCAACGACUUCCCACCAAGUUCGUCUACACGGUGAAGCCGAAUGACAAGGCCGACCUCAAUGACCCGUCGACCUGGUUCAAGCGAAAGGCUCGGCUGGUGGUUUGUGGCAAUAUGGCAGUCAAUAGCAAUCCCGACCUCUUCACUGAAUCAGCUCCGGCUGAAGCAGUCCGAGCGGCUCUGACCCUCACUUGCAAGAACCAGUGGUCGGUGGGAAUACUCGAUGUCGUCACAGCCUUCUUGAAGAGAUCCAUGGGAAGAUCCACAAGGGAUCCCGUCGUGGUAGUCCAGCCGCCCAAGCUGUUGGAACGCUUGAGGAUCAUCGAGGAGUUCGAGCUUUGGGGCCUAAUUAAGGAGAUCAUGGCAGUUAUCGUGAUCUAUGUGGACGAUUUCAUGAUCUGUGGUAGUCGGGAAACCAUCAUGAAGUUGGCCCAGGGGAUCCAAAGACUAUGGGAAACCACGGAAUUGCAGACGAUAUCGCCACAACAACCCGUUCGGUUCUUGGGAAUGGAGAUAUGUCUUCGGGGAGGAGGAGAAGAACCAAUGUCCUUUGGAAUCACCCAAGAAGCCUACAUCCGCGAGCUCCUAAGGACGAGGAAGGUUGCCGCCACCCAGUUGGAUCGUGUUCCGUUGAGCAAGGACUCAGCAUCUUUCUCCGUCUUGGACAACGACAUCCCACCCAAUGACUUUGAUGUCCACUUGGCCCAACAACUCACAGGAGAGCUGCUUUGGGUUUCUCAGCGGAGCCGCCCGGAGCUGUCAUUUGUGACCUCACUCAUGUCGGCAUUGACCACGAAGGCUCCAAGCCGAGUGAUCACAAUUGGUAUGAAGGCCCUGGGGUACUUGCAGCGAACGCAAGCCCGACAAUUGACCAUCGGCUACGACAGGUCUGGCUUAGCGCUAUUCUGUGAUGCGGCCUAUGCUCCGGAAUCUGGAAGGUCGCACUCGGGAUGGGCGGUGUUUUGGGCUGGCUCAGCAAUCGUAUGGAGAUCGGGAAGGCAAAGUGUGAUAUCGCUCUCCACGGCGGAGAGUGAACUUAUCUCCAUGUUGGACGGAGCGGUGGCAACCCUGGGAGUGGAAGCUUUGCUACAGGAUAUUGGGGUGGAGGUCUCAGCACGUACCAUCUACACCGACAGCACCUCUGCUUUGGCAAUUUCGUCUGGUAGUGGUGGAUGGCGUACUCGGCACCUCCGCAUAAAGGCUGGGUGGCUGCAAGAGCAGCUGGAUGCUGGCAUCAUCAUGGUGAAGCACUGUGCUGGAAGAAUUCAGCUAGCAGACCUAUUAACAAAGGCCCUUGCUGCCCAGAGGAUCAAUGACCUCCUCAGUCUUUGGGGAGUGACCGACGGCUCAUCGACAAGCAGAACAGAAACGUCAUCGAGUUCUGGUGGAGCGGCAAAGGUUCUGCUGGCCCUCGUGUGCUGCCUACUGAUAGUGGGAGCUAAGGCGGAAGAGGAGGCCCUUGGAGUUCAGAGUCGACUUUCUGUUGAUUGGGACUUGGUGGGGUGGCUACUUCUGUUUCUGGCGGUCGCAGGGGUUGUGGCAAUAUGGGAGGCGAUGAAGUGGGUGACCACUGAAGUAUGGGAUUGGACUCCAGGGUCAGGAACGAGGAAGUUGAGAAAGCUUCAAAGGUUGGAGGUAGCGACAAGAAGGGCGAUUGAGGCAGAGAUUCGAAGGCGAGCCAAGGAGGAGAGCGAUGAUGCGACCCCUUCGACCCGGCCAACUACUUCUUCGACCCGACCAGCUACUUCUUCGACCCAACCAGCUACUUCUUCGACCCAACCAGCUACUUCUUCGACCCGACCAGCUACUUCUUCGACCCAACCUACCACUCUGUCGACUCUCAAUGACAAGCUCCGGAUCCAAGCGCCAGCACCGAUGAAUCCGACUGGAAUGUCCACAACACCGAGACCUACACGUGAUUCGCAACAACCGAGCCAUCUACAGAGAUCUCCAGCUACCAGCACUACGAGCUAUGGCGACUGGAAUGAAGGUGAGUUUCCUUCAGAUCGCACAAGGGUGUGCGUUGACGUUAUCAUGCUCAUGGUGGUGGAGGAGAUCAAGACUGGACUUCGUGAAAAAAACUUUUUCGCUUACUGGCACGAAGGAAGUUUUGGCGGCGAGGUUGGCGACCCACAUCGAGGAGGGAGUGUUCCCAGCGAGGGAAUUGCCCACCACGAGACAGCUGAAGUAUGUCCUCUACAUCUGGCGAGAAAGGAACUUGGCUUUCAAGGUUCGUCUGAGAUGGGGCGAUAUCUGUACAAAGGGACGAGUUUCCAGAUGGAUUAG